AUGCUAUUUUUAUAAAAAAAGACUUCAAAAAAGCUAAUGAUUAAUUUUAAAAUAAUAUGCAACUACAUAAAGCCUUUUAUAAAAUUAUUAAUAAGCAUUAGUUUAUUUUAAGUAAAAUAUAACAAAACUAAAUACAAAAUAUAAGAUUUUUAUUUUUUUAGUAAAGCAUUAGAAAUUGAUGAUAAAAAUCUAAUUGUGAACUUUCGCCUUGGAAAAUUAUUUUAAUUUAAAUUAAAUAAUAUAGAUUAAGCGAUUUAAUGUUAUUAGAAAAUAGUCCAACAUUAACCAACUUAUGCUAAAGCCUAUUAUUAAUUAGGACUAGCUUAUAUAGAGAAAGAGGAAUAUAAAAAAGCUACAGAAGCAUUCAAAGAGACAUUAAAAAUAAAUCCUCGAUUUAGCGGAGCUUUUAAAGCUAUAGGAUCAAUAUUUUAUAAAAAUAACAGUGAAUAAAUAGCUUUAAAAUAUUACUAAAAAGCUCUAGAAUGUGAUCAAAAUGACAUCGAGAGUAAAAUCGGAAUUGCAAACUGUUAUUAUUUGAUAGAAAAUUUCGACUUAGCAAUAUAAUACUAUAAAGAAAUAUUAUAAAUCGAAUAAAAUGAAGAAAUAGAGUAUAAUUUAGGAAACUGCUAUUACAUGAAAAGUUAAAUUGAUAAUGCAGUUAUACAUUAUUAAAAUUGCUUAAAAAUAAACUUUUAGAAACCGGACUGUUUAUAUAAUUUGGGAAAUGUUUAUUGUAUUAAAUAGGAUUUUUAUAAAGCACUUGAAUGUUUUUUAUAAACAAUAUAAUAUGAUCCUGAAAAUUCGGCAGCGCUUUAUAAUUUGGCAAAUACUUAUUAUUUAUUGGAUGAUUAUGAGUUGGCUUGUGAUUAUUUCGAAAAAGCUAUUAAAAUUGAACCUGGUAAUGUUUAGUGGAGAAAUUAUAUUGGAGGAUUAUAUUUAGAGAAAUAGAAAUUUGAAUAGGCUUAAGAUCAUUUAUAAAAAGCUCUAUAAAUUGAACCUAACAAUUAAGAAACUAAUUUUAAAAUUGCAUAAAUUUAAUAUAAUUUGACUAAUUAUGAUUAGGCUUUAUAAUUUUUGAAUGUAUCCAUACUUAUUAUAUAUAUUUUUUUUUAUUUAAAUUUAAUAGAAUGUUUUAUAAUAAAAUUCAAAUAAUGA